GUAAUUUAAGUACAUGUAGUUCAAACAUGUCUUAUCUGUGUGUUCUCAUUUUUGGCCGCAUAUUAACAAUUUGAAGUAAACAUGACCACUCAUAACCACAGUCAGUGAUUGCAGCAAUGGAGGAGGAUAUUUGAGUGAAAUAUUGAGCACAGUCUGCUUUUGAAGACACUGGAAAAGCAUGGCAGAGGUUGUGAUACCUAACUGUCUAGUGGACGUUAUGUUGUUGGUCGGUGUUGACGACAGGUGUACACAACUCAGCCCCUCGCACCAGGAAACACAGCUUAAAGACAGACGAAUUAUGGACACAGAAUACGAGCCGCAAGUAGUUUCCGCCAUCAGUGGCACAGAUAUGGUCAACUUUUUCCCCUUUCCAUACAAAGACCAAACAUAUCCACCGGGUGCUAGAAAGGAGUCGCCGCCAUCGCUUACCGACGUUUUCUCGAAAACGACUGUAGCAGGUCUGCAAAGACAGUCUUCACGAACAAACCCUUUCCAAAGAAGCGCCUCAGUGAACCCGAAGACGAUUGCAAGAACGAUGUCAAUCUUCCACUCCAACACAGGGUCACCGGCUGUCACAAUACCGACACUACCAAUCAGCGACGAGGUCAUUAAGUCCAUUCCCGCCUUCUGUUUUCCAGAUGGGUUAAAGUUACAAAGGGAACAGCCAGAAAGCUUGACCCAUUCCUUUGUUUUAACGGAUAUCACAGGGUGUCAGAAAUAUGCAGCUUGUCUGACGUUUUACCGCUUGUUCUCUGUUACCAAGACUGGUAAACACAUAAUCGUCAAUAAAAUUGGCGAAAAACUAUCCGAUAGUUGCGAUGGAAAGGACGAUGUGCAAUGUUACCUACCACUGUGCUGCGUUGUGAUUUCAAAAUGUCCAUACUACUCAACAUUGAAGGAAUGUCUCUCCAAAAUGUUAUCGUUCAUUGAAAAAGACCCUGAAAAUAUGCAGACCUACAUCAAAGAUUACGCCAACAUCUUGACACACACACCUGUACCACCAGCCGGCAACGUUGCAAUAACGUUUAGCGUAUAUGAUCUCCCUGUCACCCUGAUGCCACCCACCCAUGCGGAAAAGUCUGUGAUAGAUUUGCCACUUCAUUUGGUGUUUAUGUGUUUCAAUGCUGAUGUUUUCCUGCAAAUACUCGCGUGUAUUCUUGUAGAAGAAAGGAUUGUGUUCCUAUCAUCAAACUAUGCGCUUCUAACUAUUAUAAUGGAGUCCAUUAUGAACAUGAUUUUACCAUUCCGCUGGCGUUUCACAUACUGUACAAUUCUGCCAUCGGGAGCUCUCGGCUACCUCGAGUCACCGGGAACCUUUAUGUACGGUGUUCAUUCCAGACACAAGCACCAUGUUCAGCAGGUUGAUGGCUUAGUGAUAGUGGAUAUAGAUGCGGGAACGAUCACAAUAGAGCCAGAGAUAAAUAUGGAAGAUGUUGAAAUACCUGUCUUACCUUCCGAUGCAGUUGACACAUUCACACGUAAAUGGCCACAGUUGAAAAUUCAGUUAGAACUGUUGGAGACGAAAACCCCAUUUUGUUUCAACAUGGAGGCUGUCAGAGAACAACGUUUUAAAAGAAUAAAAGAGCAGAACAGGUUGAUUUCACACGUAUGCCUUGAGCUGAUGGUGAAUCUGUUCAGAACAGUGAUAUUGAAAAUUCAGCCAAAAUUAAAAUUAUUCAGCAGAGACGAGCUCUUGAAAGAACUAGGCGACGACUCUGGCUUUUAUGAAAGGGUAUUCAAGACAGACAUGUUCAGCGUGUUCUUGAAACAGCGGAUGGAGGAGCCGAGUGACUAUUUCACAGAGUUUUACAUGAAAUCCAAAGGAUUUAGCGCUUCUAGAUCCUCGUCAAGCCUCAACAUUACAUCAAGAACUGGAAGAAGAGGGAGCCUGCAUAUAAGCAUAAAACCGGUUGAAGUGAUUGAAGUUCCCUUAGAAAACAGACUCGAAAAUGAGUUUUCUCUUCCGACGAUUCAAGAUGAUCUUAAUGCCUAUACCACAAAGGCAGCUGAGAAGUUGUCGAUGGCUUUAAAGAACUGUGAUGGCCAUGAUGACGAGACUUCAUUGUACUACCUUCUAGCCAUUUUCUACAUUGCAAAAGGCAACAGGGUCGAUGCGGCGGAGUGCUUUAUCAAGGUCGCAGAGAGGAACAAUAAGAUUCUCCCAGAGAGACUUCUGGUUCAGUUAUAUUCUGAAUUCACAGAGGAAGAGAAGACUACAGUCAAUAAAAAACCUGACAACGAGAUUCUACAUAAAAUUGUUGAAGACAGUGAAACAUCUACUUCCGGUCAUUCAGAACAUGGUGUGAAAAUAAGGAUGGAACCCAUUGAGAUACCAUGCCGAGAUCUAUGUUUACUUGACUUUGACAGCCUCGUGGGCGAAAAGGAAAUAUCCAACCACUUUGACACCAACAAGACGCUCUUUAAGAGCCUCUGUGAUCCACAUACAAAUAUGAUCCCUGAAGCUACGUUAAGAAAUUUCAUAUUGUGUUGGGAUGACAAUCAAUACAAAUGUAACCAGAUAACAGUCGCUGACGGACUGAUAGGAGAAGAUGAAACCAUCCUGAAAGUUACUCCCGUUGUCAAGUCUGACUUUGGCAUAGGUCGAAUGUUUCUGACAGAUAAAAGGCUGUUUUUCCUGCAAGAUGUUUCAAAUAACUAUAAGGAAAUCGUCAAACUAAGAGACAUCAGAAAGCUAGAGAAGUCGGAACACGCUGGCUUAUUAAGUAAAACUCCAACACUGACGAUACACAAGAAACAAUCGGAGUCACACAGAUCGUCGGGGAAAACAAAGAAAGGAUCUAAGAAGGAUUCAACGUUCACAGUCUUUCUGAAAGUUGAUCGAAACUGGUGGUACAUUAUCAUACAGGAGAUGUGGGCCGGGAAAAUUGUGGCCGAGGGCCUUAAAGAUGUGAUGAUGAUCCACCAUGCCAUCCAAAGCGUCUUGUUGAUCGAUGCUGUGAUAGCCAGUGGACAGGAUGAUGUGUCGACACAUUGCAAACGAGUGGCAGAAGUUGCAGACCAACUUUCUUAUUUCAUCAAACUUAUGCUUACCGAAAAGCACAUUUUACCAAAGGAUACGAAAGAUGCCCUUCAAACGAAACUUGAUCCAAACGUUUCUGAAAAAGAGCGACAGUCUGUUCAGGCCUUGCUUUAUAUUGGGGGAGACUCGUCAACGACGCCAAUGCUUUGGGUUGCCUUAGGUGCAGGUAAAAUAAAAAUAUACCAUGCUGUAAGCUGGAUGCUAGAAAAAGAGCUCAUGAAUAGACAGACUUCUAAUGCUCAAGUGGGGUGUAUGAGAGCCGUUGGAUCGCACGUGUGGAUCGGGUCAAUGGGGAUUAACAUUUAUGAUCCUCGUUUCUUCUCGUGUAGCCAACAGUUAAUGGAUCACCAGGACCUAGUCAUAGACAUUGUGCCAUACGACAAUGGAAAAUACGUGUAUACAGCUAGUGUUGAUGGAACAAUUAUUAAAAGAAAUGUACAAAAAUUGGCACACGCCCAAGAAAAGAUCAAAUUUGACAAUUUGAAAAACUUACGGACACUCAAAAUAUUUGAGGAUAAACUAGUUUGUGGGUCGUGGUCAAGCAUAUUGAUAAGCAACGCAAAAGGUGAUAUCCUGAAUACGCUGAAAAUCACACAGGAAGGCGGCAUGGGCGUUGAUUUUGAUGGCAUGACGGUAACUUCAAGCGGACAGGUGUGGGCGGGGAGUAGAAGAGAAGGUAAAGUGUACGUAUGGGACGUCAGAACAGCUAAACACCUUGCGAAUCUGGACCUUGACAAAAAGGAGGGCUGCAAAAGGUCAAGAGGCGUAAGCAGCAUCGCUGAGAUUGACGACAAGAUGUGGAUCGGAACCAAGUCCGGAGAUAUCCGCAUUUAUGACCUGUCAUCAAGGACAGUUUGGAAGUGUCUACAAGCUCACGAGGAUGCGGUCAGAGUGUUAUGUGACGUCAGAGACAGCGGUUCUUGUUCAUCUAGGUACAUAAUCUCCGGGGGAGGCAGUACAGAUGGACGUGUUUGCAUCUGGAGCCCCAGUCCAAAGGUCGGAGUGAUCGAGUCAGGUAGUUUCAGUGCAAGUUCGGAAUAACCCAAGUAGUGGACGUUGGCAGUUUGUCAAAUAUUAUUUCAUUGCAUCUUUCGGAUUGUUUCCCAUUACGUUUUCUUAGUAACUUCCAAAAUUGUUUGUAGUCCAUUUCAGCGGUUCUGUUUAACUCAUCCAACGAGUUAUUCUCAUAUUCAUCUUGCUUUUGUCUUUGGAUGCGCCUGAAGUUUGUUUACAAUGCUUACAUGUACCAAACACUUGCACAAACACGAUCAUACAGCUACAACCAGCGUAGGAGAAAUGUGAUAAUUUUGUCGUAACAUGCAAAGGAAUUAAUAAAUUACUUUGGAUAGCGCGUGUGAGAAGUAUGAAUGAAAAUAUGAAAACAACCAUGAACAUAUAAUAAUUUUAUAAAAAUGCAGACAACAGCGGAAUUCCAAUGUUUUUUCCACUGGAACCAACAUUGUUUCGUCCUUAUUGUGUGUGCAUGUACUGAAUGUUUUUUAUCAACAUGUACAAACCAAUCGGUAGUCUUUAAGAUUUAUUGAAUAGCCGAAACUGUUACAUAUUCGGUUACCUUUGAUAUCAAUAUAUCCUAAGUUAGAUAUAGUUUUCACCCUGUAGUGAAUAUAUGAUUAUUAUACAGUGAAUUAUUUUUAUUUUCAAUAUAACUUAUGAUAUAGAAAAAUGUUUAAUGACAAAUAAUUAUCAGGUUAUAUAUGAAGAUGUGUUUAAGCAUUUCAUUAUUGUAUGCAGAUAUUGGUUUCCUGUCAGACUCUGAAGUUGGUUUACAAAAACGGCAGCAUAUUGCAGUAGACAGACAUUGAUUGAAAAUUCAAUGAAAAUAAAUAAUAUAGAGAUGAAAAUGGAUUCAGUAGAGUUUAAAAAGUUUGUAUAUGGGUCAGGAAUUUGAAAUUGUUUACAAAUAUACAUAUCUUUGAAUUGUACUUGCACCUGGAGGUUCUUUGACUAAUACUUUUGAUCCAUUAUCCGAUCAGGCUAAGAAUAUACUUUUACACGUUGCCUAAAUUUCCUACGUUGUCAGUUAAGCACAGAUUAUAUAUUUUUGGUAAACUUAUAUAUCCUGCUUUAAGCUACGUCUCUAAUGUUUGAAAUUAGAAAGAGUUCAUUAAAAUUAUUUGGAUUGUUACUAGGGAAACGAAAACAAACUCAAAAUAGUUUUGUUACGGUAGCUCGGUAGAAUCUCUUCUUCAAAGGAGGAAAUAAAGAAUUAUCUAUCUAUCUAUCUAUCUUCUUUGUUUAUUAAAUGAUAUGUAAAUGUUAUUAGACAUUUGCUGAAAAUAUGAAAUGUUAAACCAUUUAGUAUAUAAGGAUAAGGUGUGAUAAAAUGUGUAAAGAGCAGAACAGAAACCCAUCUAAUAGAUCAUGGGUAUAUAUGGUACAAAACGCAUGUUGGUUACACCAAUGUGUUGUAAAUGAUGAUUUAUUUUUUGCACGUAUUUAAACAGAGAGAAACGAAUUUAUUAAUACAAAAACUGGAAGUUAAAAUGAGUAGAGCUAGAGCCUUUGUGUAUGGCUUAUUAUAGAUUUGCAUUGUCGAGAACAAAAGUAUCUGCGAACAGCUUACAAGUAGUGACAGACAGAUGGCACAAGCGAUCAGAUAUUCCUUAUAUACAGAAAGAAAAUGCUAUUUAUGCAACAACAAAUAGUAUUAUGUUCGAGAAAAUCUGAUAACAUAAUAAUAAAUUAUGUAAAAUUGUUCAACUCUUAAAGAUACCAAUGUACAAAGAAAACUGUAUGUAUGUGGUAAAGGCUCUAGAUUUGGAAAAAUAUGAUAUAUAUAAUUACGAAUAAAAAACAUGUACUGUCUAAUGUUUUAUGUGAUAUUUCAAUUGUAGUAUCUAUGAUUGUUGAAAAACAAUUUGUAUCUGUGCUUUCUCGAUGUUAGACAGAACAUUGACUGUUCAACAACCCAUUCCUGUUUUUAUUGCUUGUGUAUGCAUGGGCAUAUUGCCUAAUGUAUUUUGAAUAAGGUAUAUACUGGUAGACUAUUUUUCAGGUCCUUCAUUGUAUGAAUCUGUUUUAUAGCAUAAUAUGAUUUAUUUCAUUGUAAAAUAAUUUGUAACAUGUCAUGUGAAACCUAUCAUGGUUAAUACUCAAAUAUUAAAAAAAAACAUUAUAUGUUACAUUUGUAACGAGCAAGUUUGAAUGGUAGAUAUAAAAAUAAACAGAAUAUAAA